CUGUCCCCGAAGUCCCGGCUUCAGCACCAGGGCGGGUAGGGCAGGCUGUGAGGGUGGCCGAAGGCGCACGGAUUCGGGCGCCAGGAAGCGCGGGUUUGGCAAUGGCUUUGCUGUGUGGCCUUGGGCAAGUCACUCUCCAUCUCUGAGUCCCACUUCCUCCCCAAUCUGAAAACCAGAUCGGGUUCCUAGCUACCGGGGCAUUCCAGAGGAGCGGCGGCAUGGAGGCUCUCACCACUCAGCUGGGGCCGGGGCGCGAGGGCAACUCCUCACCCAACUCCAAGCAGGAGCUGCAGCCCUACUCGGGCUCAAGCGCUCUCAAACCUAACCAAGUGGGCGAGACGUCGCUGUACGGUGUGCCUAUUGUGUCUCUGGUCAUCGAUGGUCAGGAGCGCCUUUGCCUAGCACAGAUCUCCAACACUCUCCUCAAGAACUACAGCUACAAUGAGAUCCACAACCGUCGCGUGGCCUUGGGCAUCACGUGCGUGCAGUGCACGCCGGUGCAGCUGGAGAUCCUGCGUCGGGCCGGGGCCAUGCCCAUCUCGUCGCGCCGCUGCGGCAUGAUCACGAAGCGCGAGGCCGAACGGCUGUGCAAGUCGUUCCUGGGCGAACACAAGCCACCCAAGCUACCUGAGAACUUCGCCUUCGAUGUAGUGCACGAGUGCGCCUGGGGCUCGCGUGGCAGCUUCAUCCCCGCGCGUUACAACAGCUCGCGUGCCAAGUGCAUCAAAUGCGGUUACUGCAGCAUGUACUUCUCGCCCAACAAGUUCAUCUUCCACUCGCACCGCACACCUGACGCCAAGUACACGCAGCCCGACGCAGCCAACUUUAACUCGUGGCGCCGACACCUCAAACUCAGUGACAAGUCGGCUACAGACGAACUGAGCCACGCUUGGGAGGACGUCAAGGCCAUGUUCAAUGGCGGCACCCGCAAGCGGACCUUCUCGCUGCAAGGAGGCAGCGGCGGCGGCGCUAAUGGCGGGUCGGGUGGGCAGGGAAAGGGUGGUGCUGGCGGUGGCGGCAGUGGCGGCCCCGGUUGCGGCGCGGAAAUGGCCCCAGGCCCGCCACCCCACAAAAGCCUGCGCUGUGGCGAAGAUGAGGCCGCCGGACCUCCCGGUCCGCCUCCUCCUCAUCCGCAGCGGGGACUUGGUCUGGCGGCGGGAGCCGGUGGCCCCGGGGGUCCUGGAGGGCCUGGUGGAGGCACAGGCGUACGCAGCUACCCGGUGAUCCCGGUGCCCAGCAAGGGCUUUGGCCUCUUGCAGAAGCUGCCCCCGCCGCUUUUCCCUCAUCCCUACAGCUUCCCCACCGCCUUCGGCCUCUGCCCCAAAAAGGACGACCCGGUGCUAGGCGCGGGCGAACCCAAGGGCGGCCCAGGCACAGGGAGCGGCGGGGGUGCCGGCACUGGCGCAGGCGCGGGCGGCCCAGGAACUGGCCACUUGCCCCCUGGGGCGGGGGCUGGCCCAGGCAGCGGCGCUAUGUUCUGGGGUCACCAGCCCUCCGGGGCAGCCAAGGACGCGGCGGCCGUGGCAGCGGCGGCUGCAGCAGCCACUGUAUAUCCGACGUUUCCUAUGUUCUGGCCGGCGGCAGGCAGCCUCCCAGUGCCGCCCUAUCCAGCCGCGCAGAGCCAAGCCAAGGCCGUGGCGGCGGCUGUAGCGGCGGCGGCUGCGGCGGCCGCGGCGGCGGCCGGUGGUGGCGGCCCGGAGCCCCUGGACGGUGCCGAGCCGGCCAAGGAGGGCAGCCUAGUCGCAGAAGAUCGCUGCCCAAGCGCUCUAUCUCGCGGGCCACUGGACGAGGAUGGCGCGGACGACGCGCUGCCACCACCGCUAGCCCCGUUGCCUCCCCCACCGCCGCCGCCCGCACGCAAAGGCUCCUACGUGUCGGCUUUCCGGCCGGUGGUCAAGGACGCCGAGAGCAUCGCCAAGCUCUACGGUAGCGCUCGUGACGCGUACGGCGGUGGGCCAGCUCGUGGGCCGGGGCCAGGCGCGGGGUCUGGCGGCGGCUACGUGAGCCCGGACUUUCUGAGUGAGGGCAGCUCCAGCUACCACUCCGCCUCCCCCGACGUGGACACUGCCGACGAACCCGAGGUGGACGUUGAGUCUAACCGCUUCCCCGACGAUGAGGGCACCCUGGAUGAGGCCGAGCCCAGCGCACCCGGCACAGGAGACGUCCCAGACGGCGACCAGCCUGCAGGGCCCCCUUCUGCCACCUCCUCGAGCGCCGACGGUCCCACAGACUCGCCUGACGGCGGCAGCCCUCACCCCCGGCGCCGCCCAGGGCUACUCCCAACCAGUCGAUCUGCAUUUGGGGACCCGGCGGCCGAUGACAUGGUGCGGAGAUCCGAGAGGAGCUCGCCAAGCGGCGGCUAUGAGCUGCGAGAGCCUUGCGGACCGCUGGGGGGCCCCGCGCCCGCCAAGGUGUACGCGCCCGAGCGGGACGAGCACGUGAAGAGCGCGGCGGCGGCGCUGGGGCCCGCGGCCUCCUACCUCUGCACCCCCGAGGCCCACGAGCCAGAUAAGGAAGACAAUCACUCGACCGCCGAAGAUUUGGAAACAAGGAAGUCUUAUCCAGACCAAAGGAGUAUCUCCCAGCCAAGUCCCGCAAAUACAGACCGAGGCGAAGACGGGCUCACCCUAGAUGUCACAGGAACUCAACUAGUGGAGAAAGAUAUCGAGAACCUGGCCAGAGAUGAGUUACAAAAACUGCUCCUGGAGCAAAUGGAGCUCCGCAAGAAGCUGGAGCGAGAAUUUCAGAGCCUCAAAGAUAAUUUUCAGGAUCAAAUGAAGAGGGAAUUGGCUUAUCGAGAAGAAAUGGUGCAACAGCUGCAAAUUGUCAGAGACACUCUCUGUAACGAACUUGACCAAGAGCGGAAGGCGCGCUAUGCCAUCCAGCAGAAAUUAAAAGAAGCCCACGACGCCCUGCACCACUUCUCCUGCAAGAUGUUGACGCCCCGGCACUGCACUGGCAACUGCUCCUUCAAGCCCCCGCUGUUGCCCUAGGGCCGGCCCGGCCGCGCCCAAGCGCCCUCAAGCCAUGCUGCUCUCUUCCUGUAAAUACCCGCGGCCGCGGCGGCCGAGAGCGAGAUAACAAGCCAUUUGGACCGGAUCGAUGUAAAUACAGUCUCCUGCCCGCCCACUCUCCUCCCGGGCGCCCCCAGCCCCUUCUCAGUUUCCAAAUGUAUAUACCACCUCCUCGCCCCACGGAUGAACUCCGGGGCAUCGGACCUCAUGGGGUUAACUGGACUAAAGGGCGUAAGAAAGGGGAGACCGGGGCCUCUCCCUUCCCUGUACAGCCCUGGAACCCCAAUUGUGAAUACAAUGUAGCAACUUCGCUGGCUCCGCCCUCCCCGUCCCGUCCACUUCUGAAACUCUUAUUCCUAAUGACAAAGUGGCUAUGUGCAAUGGAUAUAAAUGUACUGUGAGUCUCUUGGUUCAGUAUUGGGUUCACUUUAUUUAUGCUGUAAGUUAUUUUGCUUCCUUCUCCUGGACCUAAUUCCAGUCCCGUUUUACACUCCUCCUUGGGUUUUGCUUUGCCUAUUUUUUUUGUAACCUCUUGAUGUAACAGCACUUUAAAAAGGGCGACAACUGACUCACGAGAUGGAGACCACCUUGAGCCUGAUUGGGGAGACCACCCUGUA